GGACCCCGAGGCAGGGACCACCACACUCGCUUCAAGACGCACCUGCUCUCAAAGCUGCCCAUCCCAGACAGCCAGGUCCUCACCAUCGACCCUGCCCUGCCCGUGGAGGACGCCGCAGAGGAUUAUGCCAGGAAACUGAGCCAGGCCUUCCAAGGAGAUGCUGUGCCUGUGUUCGACCUGCUGAUCCUGGGAGUGGGCCCCGAUGGCCACACCUGCUCGCUCUUCCCUGGCCAUCCCCUCCUGCAGGAGCAGCAGAGGAUUGUGGCUCCCAUCAGUGACUCCCCAAAGCCACCACUGCAGAGAGUGACCCUGACCCUCCCCGUGCUGAAUGCAGCCCAGAGCGUCAUCUUCGUGGCCACUGGGGAAGGCAAGGCAGCUGUGCUGAAGCGCAUCCUGGAGGACAAGGACGACGCGCUGCCCGCCGCCAUGGUGCAGCCGCGCACGGGCGCCCUCUGCUGGUUCCUGGACGAGGCGGCCGCGCGGCUGCUGUCGGUGCCCUUCGAGAAGCACUCCACGCUGUAGCGGCCGGGCGGGCCUCGGGGCGGGCCUCGGGCCGCGGAGGGACCCACUGGGGAUUAAACGGAGCGUUCCUGGAA